CAAAACAAUUAUAUAUAUAUAUAUAUACACACAACAAGUUUAUGAGAGCAAUAACACAAGUUAUUAUUUUUCUUCUUAUGUUAAGUUUGACACAAAAGUUAUUUUUCGGCUUGAUAGUGAAAUCAACAAGAUCUUUUCCACCCAACAAAACCAAAGUCCCUUCCUUCAUCAGAAAUACCAUGUCUGAAUCAGAUCACACCCCUCAAUUCAACCGACCCAGAUUGGUAGCCAAGAAAGUUUUGGCCAAGCUUCAACAUGAAGGAGAUGGAGCUGUUGUUAGAAGAGGCAUUGGGAGGAAUGAGUUAAGGAAUUUGGAUCCUUUUCUCAUGCUGGAUGAUUUUUCAGUGAGUCCACCUGCUGGGUUUCCUGACCAUCCACACAGAGGUUUUGAGACGGUUACAUAUAUGUUACAGGGAGCUAUAACUCACCAAGACUUUUCUGGACAUAAGGGCACAAUCAGAACAGGGGAUGUCCAGUGGAUGACAGCAGGUAGAGGUAUAAUCCACUCUGAAAUGCCAGCAGGAGAAGGGCCUCAAAUGGGCUUGCAGCUAUGGAUCAAUCUGUCCUCAAACGACAAAAUGAUGGAGCCAAGAUAUCAAGAACUCACAAGUGAUGACAUACCAAGUACAGAGAGUGAUGGAGUUGAGGUCAAAGUUAUAGCAGGAGAAUCAAUGGGAAUCAGAUCCCCAGUCUAUACCAAAACCCCAACAAUGUACCUUGACUUCACUCUAAAACCCAGAGCCCAAAUUCACCAAAACAUCCCAGAAGGAUGGAACUCCUUUGUGUAUAUUAUUGAAGGAGAAGGGGCUUUUGGCUCCAAAAACUCUUCACCUGUUUCAGCUCACCAUGUCCUGGUUCUGGGUCCUGGAGAUGGCCUGAGUGUGUGGAAUAGGUCCUCAAAGCCACUGAGGUUUGUUUUGGUUGGAGGGCAGCCUCUUAAUGAGCCAGUGGUUCAGCAUGGUCCAUUUGUGAUGAACACACAAGCUGAGAUUGAUCAAACCAUUGAGGACUAUUACUACUCCAAGAAUGGAUUUGAAAAUGCCAAGUACUGGAAAUCUCAAUGAAUUGGAACUUUUUUCAAACCUUCAAUCCUUGGAUAAAGAAAAAGCGAGAGAGAACAAAAACAAAAUGAAAAAAAAGUAAAAAAUAAAUAAAAAGGACCCAUCUUUGUCAAUGUCACUAUCGUCUUCCGUAAGAGCAAUUGAGUAGGAAAGUGAAAAGAAACUUUAUAUAAUUGGAGCUUAAAGUUUCUAGAAGGUUUGCUAAUUGCUAAGAUGGAUGAAAGAUGGUUUAUCACUUAAGUCAUUAAUGUAUCAACUUCUUAUCUUAGAUUUUUUUUUUUUUGGUGUCUUAAAUUAUUGUUCUUGUGGUAGUUGACGAUUAGAUUUUAGUCCUAUCGUCUCUUGGUUGGGAUUUAUUUUUUGUUAUUAUUUUUUCUCUUUUUAAUAUUAGAAUUAAUGUUGGUGGAAAUGGUAGUAAAAGUUUAACUUGUUUUUUUCUUUCA